CAAAGGGCGUCAUUGGCGUAGCGGGGUCCCUGAAACUCCUGAAUGAAAUCAGGUCCGUGUGAAGAGGGCAUAACCAGUAUAAUAAUCGUCCUCUAAUUUCUUCCGGAGUUUAUUUAAUUUACUUUAUUUAUUUUUUCCGCCUAUUAACAAACCCAUCACAGAGGAAUCUAAACCUCUUCUAAGGCUCGGCGGACCUUUUGUUUAUUAUUUUAUCCUUCCUUAUGACAGUGACUUUGUAGUCAGUGCUUCUACUAUCUGUAAUCACUGAGCAAAGGUUGUCACUGCGCUAUUUAUUGCAUGAAAAUUAUUAAUUUCUAUUAUAAUUAAUCAUAUUUAUCAUGUCAGUAACAAAGAAAAAAGUGUUUGUUACUGUAGGUACUACAAAAUUUGAUGAAUUAAUCAGAACAGCACUCAGUUCAGAAGUCUUAGAAGCAUUGUCAUCAAGAGGAUAUAAUGAAAUGAUUUUACAAAUUGGCAAAACUUUAUUUGUGCCUGAUCGUACACCAUGUUGUGGUUUUUUAAACAUAGAAUACUUCAACUUAAGUGUAAACAUUAAUGAUUAUGUAGAAAAUGCAGAUCUUAUUAUAAGUCAUGCAGGGGCUGGAAGCAUACUUGAUGCAUUAGAAAAUAGAAAGAAUUUAAUUGUUGUUGCAAAUGAAAAUUUGAUGGGCAACCAUCAAUUGGAAUUAGCUGAGCAACUGUAUCAAGACAAACAUUUAUAUUAUUGUACCUGUGAAACGUUAUUGAAUACUAUACAAAUAAUGGAUUUUACAAAAUUAAGACCAUUUGUUAAUGAUAAAAGUAAACGUAUCGCCAAAUUCAUAGAUAAAAUAAUGGGAUUUUCAGUGUAAGGACAUUGAAAAUUAUUUGUGUAUCUAUUAAAGUAAUGUUAAAACAAUUUCAAAAUAAAUAUAAAUUUUAUUUCUACAGAACGAAAAACUUUUGAAGGGUUAAUUGAUGUCAUUUGAUAUAUUUUAGUUUUUACAAGUUACAAUAUAAGUAUAUAACAGUUUGAGUUGUUUGUUAUAACAGAUAUAGCUUUGAUAUAAUUUACAACAAUAGUAAGAAUUACUUAAAUAACUGUUUCUUAAAAUUAUGGUGUAAUAGCAUAGAAAAAUUUAUAAUUUGCAAUUUAAAAAAAAAUGACAAAUAACAACGGCAGUUAUUGUUAAAUAUUUUUUUACAUAUUAUCUUUGGACGUUUGCUGUCGUUAAAAUAAAAGCUAUAUCGGUAAAAGUAUUUUUUGAACACUGUACAGUGUUAAAAUAAAUUCAGUCCUUCAAAAAAUCUUCUUGUUACUUUAUAAGUUUAAUAUCUUUAGGAAUGAAGUAGACAGGCAACUUCGUACGACGAUGAACAUAGGUAUUGCAUCAGCAAUUUAAAGAAUUCACACAUUUUAAUGUGUCACAUUGUAUCGCUUUUUAGAUGAUGUCAUUAUUUAUACUUUAAAUUUAUUGUACGAAGAUACAUCCACAUGAGGCAAACUACAUAUAUAUAUAGCGACAUGUGUUUUUUAAUUACACACCAAGCCAAGACGUGUCAUUUCUUUCAAGAGUUCAUUUCCCAUUUGCGCAGGACUCCUUGUAACUAUUACACCGGCCUGUAAAAAAAACAUUUUUAUAUACGAUAACAGGAAUAAAUUAAAUCAAUAAUACACG